CUAAAUGCGACAUUCUAACUUUGUGUGUGUGUGUAUAAAUAUAUAUAUGUGUGUGUGUGUAUGUAAAGACACAAACACAUAUAACAACCCCCUCUCAACCUCACUUCUCCAGCAAGUUUUCUACAUCCACAAAACACACAUAUUCAGAUAUGGAUCUUGAGUCAUUACAAGAUCUGUCCAAAUUCAACUUCCCAGCAACCAUCAAGAUCCGAACCAAAACCUCAAGAAACAACAACGAGGACGAUGACGACGAAGAAGGCUUUAGCUGCAGCACACCCACAUCUCAAGAACACAAGAUUCCUCCCGUCCUAGAUUCUCCACCUCGCCCGCCACGGAAACCUCGUUCACAGCCGUCAAAACCGUCGGCUACGGCGGCUCUGAUGAUCAGAUCGUGUAAGAGGAAGCUCUUAGUAUCGACUUGUGAGGUUAUCAUGAAUAGGGAAGAGAUUGACCGUUUCUUCACAUCCGUUUAUAGUGACACGUCGACCACAGCGAAACGAAGGAGAAGCUAUCCUUCUUGUGCGCUAAGAUGAGCCUUUAGUUCAAGAAUUUACAUUUUUACAGUUUUACUGGAAAUAUUGUGAACUCAUAUAUAAAUUAAAGAUUAUUAUAAGUUUUAUUUAUUAUAAAAUGGAUGAAUAAUUUUCUGCAGCCGCAUAUUAAUUUCGCAUGGAGGGGGUCGUUGUAAAUUCCGUAAUAAAUAAUAUUUAAUUCCAAUUGC